AGUGCAAGCCAAUCCUUCAUCAAGCCUUGACCAAUGUAACGAACGUCGACGGCAUACACUUUGAAAACAACGCGCCACGCGACUACGGAAUGCCCAAAUAAUCAACAAGUAUCACCGUGAAUUGUAUACAUCCCCUCCAAUAAAAAUGGGACAAUUUUCGUUUUAUUUUUUUGCCGCGAGUGUUACCGUGGUGUGUGCAUACUCUUGGCCAAGUGACGAAACCACGACGCGAAGUUCGCAGUUUAAAGAUUUCCAUACGGAUCCGCUGGUAGUUGAAACUAGUAGCGGUUUAGUGCGUGGUUAUUCAAAGACAGUUCUAGGACGCGAAGUACAUGUUUUUACGGGCAUACCAUUCGCGAAACCGCCUGUCGAUCAGCUCAGGUUUAAGAGACCCGUGCCCAUAGAUCCUUGGCAUGGAAUUCUUGACGCCAACAAGUUGCCCAAUUCGUGUUUUCAAGAACGGUAUGAAUAUUUCCCGGGCUUUGAGGGCGAAGAAAUGUGGAAUCCUAAUACAAAUAUUUCCGAAGAUUGUCUCUACUUGAAUAUAUGGGUCCCCCAACGCCUGCGCGUUAGGCAUCAUAAUGAUAAGAACAUAGAAAGGCCCAAAGUACCGGUUUUGAUUUGGAUUUACGGGGGAGGCUACAUGAGUGGGACCGCUACUUUAGAUAUUUACGAUGCGGACCUAAUUGCAUCAACAUGUGAUGUCAUUGUAGCUUCUAUGCAAUACCGUGUUGGCUCUUUCGGAUUUCUGUAUCUAAAUCGAUACUUUCCUCGCGGAAGCGAAGAAGCUCCAGGAAACAUGGGUCUCUGGGACCAAAUAUUAGCUAUACGUUGGAUAAAAGAAAAUGCGGCCGCUUUUGGCGGAGAUCCUGAGCUUAUAACACUGUUCGGAGAAUCCGCUGGAGGUGGUUCUGUUAGCCUCCAUUUAAUAAGCCCUGUUACAAAAGGCUUAGCUCGACGAGGUAUUCUCCAAUCAGGAACUAUGAAUGCACCUUGGAGUUACAUGAGUGGUGAACGCGCUGAGGAAAUAGGAAAAGUCUUGAUUCAAGAUUGCGGUUGCAAUGUUUCGGUACUUGAGAGCAAUCCUCAACAGGUGAUGGAUUGUAUGAGAGCUGUUGACGCGAAAACAAUUUCUCUGCAACAAUGGAACUCAUAUUCGGGUAUUCUGGGAUUUCCGUCAACCCCUACUAUAGAUGGUGUACUUAUGCCGAAGCAUCCAAUGGAUAUGCUGGCCGAAGGUGACUAUGAAGAUAUGGAAAUUCUUCUAGGAAGUAACAGAGAUGAAGGAACAUAUUUUCUACUCUACGAUUUCAUCGAUUUCUUCGAAAAAGAUGGUCCAAGUUUUCUUCAAAGAGAAAAAUAUCAUGAAAUUAUUGACAGGAUAUUCAAAAACAUGAGUCGACUUGAAAGGGAUGCAAUCAUUUUCCAGUACACCAAUUGGGAGCAAGUGCAUGACGGUUAUUUAAACCAAAAAAUGAUCGGAGAUGUGGUAGGUGAUUAUUUCUUUAUAUGUCCUACGAACGACUUUGCGGAAUUGGCAGCUGAAAGAGGAAUGAAAGUUUAUUACUACUAUUUCACUCACCGCACAAGCACAUCUUUAUGGGGUGAAUGGAUGGGAGUGAUGCACGGUGACGAGAUAGAAUACGUAUUUGGUCACCCUUUAAAUUUAUCACUGCAGUUCAACUCUAGAGAGAGAGAAUUGAGUCUGAAGAUAAUGCAAGUGUUUACGAGAUUUGCUGGGACAGGAAAACCGGUGACGGACGAUGUGAACUGGCCUCUGUACACUAAAGAUCAACCUCAGUACUUCAUCUUCAACGCUGACAAGAACGGUAUAGGUCGAGGACCGAGAGCGACGGCCUGCGCUUUCUGGAACGAUUUCUUGCCCAAGCUUCGAGACAAUUCAGGUUCUGCUGAAGCUCCUUGCGUUAAUACAUACAUCAGUAACAUGGCAUCCACCUCAGAAAGAAAACUGUCGUCAACACAUCAUUUGAUCUUGCUUUUACUGAUGUGGAUUUUUGCACAACUUGGUGCUCUUUAAACGACAAACUGUUAAUAUACAUGAAGAUAGUUACACACAUAGUAGAAAGAGCUUGUGACACAAUGUAUUUUUAAAAAAGGAAUAACAAAAACCAUUUUUUGGUAUUAAUUAGGACAAAAUUAAUGUGAUUGUAUACGCAUGUAUUGGAGCAAUGCUUGAUAGGAUGAUUAAGACAUUGCUCGAAUAAAGAUGUAGUAUUUUAUUUUUAAGAGGUGAUUUUACUGUCGUUGAUAAACGACUUGGUUCAUUUAUUAGCGCUUACGACCUAAUACAAAUUAUAGGUCGUUUUGUGUGUUGUGGUCAAAAAUUGAUUUGUUGAAUA